GGUAGGGCUUGGUUGGGGAUUUUUGAUGUUCAUGUCCCCGUAGUAUCAGUCAGUCAAUCAGUCAGCCAGCCACCAGGAUGAGUUCCCUUCAGGAGGUGACAUCCAGGAUGGGGGUGACCAGAGUGUCACCCCAGGAGGCUCUGCAGAAGUGGGCCACACAGAAGGUAGAACGAAAAUCAUUCCAAAAAGUGAUCGAUGUCAGCUCGGAGGACUCCCAUAAGGCAGGGAUGAAACCUUUCUCUUUUGUUCGACAGGUCUUGGCUGGGUGUCUGUACCCAGAGCUCCUGCAUGGCGACAGUCUUCCUCAAGACGCCAGGAAGAGAGUCCGGGACUUGCUGCGGGGCUGUGAUGGAGGCAGCGUGGGUUCUUAUUCCGACUCCGCCGGCCUACUUCACGUCCAGCGCAGCGUCGCAGAGUUCAUCACCCGUCGAGACGCUGGCGUGCCUUCACACUCCCAGAACAUCUUCAUCUCUGCUGGCUCUCAGCAAGCCCUGAUGGUGGUCCUCAAGCUUCUGGCCAGGGGGGAGGGGGUGUCCCAGACAGGUGUUUUAGCCCCCCAGCCCUGGCCCCACACUCUUCCCAUGGUGCUGGAUGUGGCGGGGGUCUGCCUGGUGCCCUACCCCCUCCAUGAAGAACAGGGCUGGGCCCUGGAGGUGGAUCAGCUUCACUGUGUACUCCAACAUGCUAGGGGGCGCUGUCACCCCAGAGCAAUUUACAUCAGCAACCCAGGCAAUCCAACAGGUCAUGUGCAGAGCAGACAAUCAAUAGAGGAAGUGAUUAAAUUUGCUGCUGAAGAAAAACUUUUCCUAUUGGUUGACGAGGUUUACCAGGACAGUGUGUAUGGGAAGGGCAGAGAUUUUGUGUCCUAUAAGAGGGUUCUGUUUGAGAUGGGCAGACAGUACUCCAAGACGGUCCAGAUGGCCUCCUUCCACUCCUUGUCCAAAAGCCUCCUGGGAGAGUGUGGACUGCGAGCAGGCUACAUGGAGCUGGUUAACGUGGACCCAGAUGUGAUGCUGUUUGCUGAGACACUAUUCUGUUGUAGCAUCUGCGCCCCGGUUACAGGACAGCUGGCUCUGGAGGUUAUGGUCCACCCCCCUGAGCCUGGCGAGCUCUCCUACGGAACGUACAAACAGGAGGUUCUCUCCAAUCGGAACACUCUGGCCCAGAAUGCUCAACGGGCUUGGGAGUGUCUGAUUGGUCUGCCAGGUGUAAGCUGUCAGCCAGUAAUGGGAGGUGUCUCUCUGUACCCCAAACUGAGCCCUCCCCCUGCACUGAUGGCACAGGCAAAGGCAUUGCAAGUGGAGGUAGAUGUGUUGUACAGUCACCUGUUACUGGAGGAGGAGGGUGUGUGCGUAGGAGCAGGGAGUCAACAUGGGCAGAGAGAGGGCAGUUAUCACCUCAGACUGUGUAUCCUGACCCGUCCUGACACGCUGGAGGAGGUCUUGAGCCGCCUGACCUCGUUUCACCUCCGCCUCCUGGACCAAGACUCCCAGCAUGCACUGGGGUGUGGCUCAACAACAAUAGAAUGAGAUUCCCUUGACUUUACUGUCGAAAUAACCUGUAGUUCCUCUAAGGAGAGAGAAGGCCUAACAAAUAACUUU